AACAGCAAAAUGGCGCCAGAACCAGUGGCGGGCUGAGGCCGAGAGCGCUUUCUGAAGCCAGCCCUSCGCUCCCCGGCCGCCCGGCCCCUCCUGGACAUGGAGGACGUGGAGGCGCGCUUCGCCCACCUCUUGCAGCCCAUCCGCGACCUCACCAAGAACUGGGAGGUGGACGUGGCGGCCCAGCUGGGCGAGUAUCUAGAGGAGCUGGACCAGAUCUGUAUUUCUUUUGACGAAGGCAAAACCACAAUGAACUUCAUCGAGGCUGCACUGCUGAUCCAGGGCUCAGCCUGUGUCUACAGUAAGAAGGUGGAGUACCUCUACUCGCUGGUCUACCAGGCUCUCGAUUUCAUCUCUGGCAAGAGGCGAGCCAAGCAGCUGUCCUCAGCGCAGGAAGAUGGGGCCAAUGGGAACACCAGCUUGGAGGCCCCCCAGGAGGCAGAGGAUGAGUUCCUAUCGCUGGACGACUUCCCUGACUCCCGUGCUAAUGUAGAUCUGAAGAACGACCAGGUGCCCAGUGAGCUACUUAUUGUGCCUCUCUUGCCCAUGGCCCUGGUGGCCCCUGAUGAAGUGGAGAAGAACAGCAGCCCUCUGUACAGCCACCAGGGUGAGGUCCUGGCCAGCCGGAAGGAUUUCAGGAUGAACACGUGCACCCCUCACCCCAGAGGGGCCUUCAUGCUAGAGCCAAUGGGCAUGUGCCCCAUAGAGCCUGUGGGCACGUGCCCCAUACCAAGAAACCAGAAGGAUGCCAGGAGGGCCGAGGAGCAGCCAAUGGACGUCUCGGGGUGCCGGAAUCCUGUCACUGUGCUUGACUUCUCCCAGCAGCCAGGCACCGCUCCAGAAGGCCUAGCGCCCAGCAGUGGAGGGGAGGAGGAGGAGGAGGAGGAGGUGGCGGAGGCAGCGGCGGUAGUGGUUGACGCAGUAGAACUCCCAGAGGCCAGAGCCCCCAAGGCCACGGUGGAGCCUGAGGAGCCCAGGAGCCCCCACCAGAGUGCCGUCCUGACCAGGAGGUACAUGUUGCGGGAGCGGGAGCGAGCCCCGGACCCCAUGUCCCGGCUAAAGGAGACCCCAGACCCUUGGCAGAGCCUAGACCCCUUUGACUCCUUGGACUCCAAGCCCUUUAAGAAAGGCAGGCCGUACUCUGUGCCCCCUUGUGUGGAAGAGGCUCCAGGACAGAAGCGCAAGAGGAAAGCCACUGCUAAGCUACAGGACUUCCACCAGUGGUACCUGGCCACCUAUGCUGACCACGCUGACAGCAGGAGGCCCCGGAGAAAAGGCCCAACUUUUGCAGACAUGGAGGUUCUGUACUGGAAGCAUGUGAAGGAGCAGCUGGAGACCCUCCGGACAUUGCAGAGGCGGGAGAUAACUGAGCGGUGGCUGCCUAGGGCUGAAGAGGGCCUGUGGCCUGCAGAGGAUGACCGCCUGGAGGAGUCCUUGGAAGACCUGGGGGCAACAGCAGACGAUUUUCUGGAACCUGAAGAGUAUGUGGAGCCCGAGGAGGCAAAGCCUGGGGAGGCUGCUGACUUGGAGGCAGAGGCCAUGCCAGAGUCCCUGAGCUACGAGGAGCUGGUUCGAAGGAAUGUGGAGCUCUUCAUCGCCAACUCCCAGAAGUUUGUCCAGGAGACAGAGCUGAGCCAGCGCAUCAGGGACUGGGAAGACACCAUCCAACCCCUGCUCCUGGAGCAGGAGCAGCAUGUGCCCUUUGAUAUCCACACGUACGGGGACCAGGUGAUCUCACGAUUCCCCCAGCUCAACGAGUGGUGUCCCUUUGCAGAGCUGGUGGCAGGCCAACCUGCCUUUGAGGUGUGUCGCUCCAUGCUGGCCUCCCUGCAGCUGGCCAAUGACUACACGGUGGAGAUCAGCCAACAGCCAGGGCUGGAAGCAGCUGUGGACACCAUGUCUCUGAGACUGCUCACUCACCAGCGAGCCCACAAGCGCUUCCAGACCUACACAGCUCCCUCCAUGGCCCAGCCCUAAGCAGAAGCUGUGAUGGGAGGGUGGGCCAGUUCUCCCUGUGUGCUGAGAGCUUGCUUCUGCCUCCUGGCUGGCCCAGCCUAAUAAAAGUUGUGUUGCCAUCUCA